AGCGGAUUAAACUUUGUUUCAGUUCGGGUUGCACACCGCGGACACGCGCACACUGCCCGCUCUUUCUGGAGGUUUUUCCUUCGUCUCUCCGUUUGAUUUUGGAUCCUUUGGACUUUACGCACUGGACCUGUGGACGCGCCAUGGCACGCUCGCUGCUGCCGUGUCUCCUGCUGCUCGCCUUGGCACAGACGGCUCUUACCGCCGAAGUUUUCGAGCUCAAGAUCGACUCCUUCACCAGCUCCAGCGGCAUCUGUGGCCAAAAGUCUGAGGACUGCCUGAUUUUUUUCCGCGUGUGCCUCCAACACUCGCAGAACGUUAUUAAGCCGGAGCCGCCGUGCACGUACGGCGAAGCGCUCACGGAUGUCUUCGACGCCGACUCCAACUCCAUCUCCGAGAGAGAGCCCAUAAGAGUGCCGAUUCCCUUCAAGUGGCCGGGGACGUUCUCUCUGAUCAUUGAAGCCUGGAAGGCGGACGCUCCAGAACGGUCCAUAGAGAAUCCGAACAACCUGAUCAGCCGGCUGGCCACCCGCCACAAGCUGAGGGUUGGAGAGGACUGGACCAAGGGCGAGAACACCAGCAACCAGAGCGAGCUCCACUACUCCUACCACGUCGUGUGCAAGGAGUUCUACCACGGGGAGGCCUGCUCCGCCUACUGCCGGCCACGCAACGACACCUUCGGCCACUACACCUGUGACAAGGAAGGGAAGAUUAACUGCCUGGAGGGCUGGAAAGGAGAGUAUUGCACAGUGGCCAUCUGUGCAGGGUGCAGCGAGCAGCAUGGUUUCUGCAAGUCUCCCCGGGAGUGCGUGUGCCAGCAGGGCUGGCAGGGCAAGAGCUGCGACGAGUGCGUCCGACACCCCGGCUGCAAACACGGGACCUGUAAGCUGCCCUGGCAGUGCGACUGCAGGGAGGGCUGGGGCGGCCUGUACUGCGACCAAGACCUGAAUUACUGCACCAACCACAAGCCGUGCCAGAACGGCGCCUCCUGCACCAACACCGGCGAGGGCAGCUAUACGUGCGCCUGCCGGCCCGGCUACACCGGCAAAGACUGCGAGGUCGAAGUCAACGAGUGCGACAGCAACCCCUGCAGGAACGGCGGCAGCUGCAACGACUCGGAGAACGAUUACUCCUGCACGUGCCCUCAGGGUUUCUACGGGAAGAGCUGCGAGAUCAGCGCCAUGAGGUGCGCUGACGGGCCGUGCUUUAAUGGAGGCACUUGCAUACAGGAAGACACCGGCGGGUACACCUGCCGCUGCCCGUCCAACUUCACAGGCUCCAACUGUGAGAAGAGGAUGGAUCGAUGCAGCAGCAGCAGCCCCUGCACUAACGGUGCUCAGUGUUUUGACGUUGGCAGCAUCGUCAUGUGUCGCUGUCAGCCAGGCUUCACCGGCUCUCGCUGCGAGACCAACAUCGACGACUGUGCCAGCAAUCCCUGCAGGAACGGCGGCACCUGCUUCGACAGAAUCAACAACUACAGCUGCACGUGCACCCUCGGCUUCUCCGGCAAAGACUGCACGGUGCGCGCCAGCCUCUGCGACCAGUUCCCGUGCGAAAACGGCGGCACGUGUUUCACCCACUUCACCGGCCCCGUGUGCCAGUGCCCGCGAAACUUCAUGGGCACGCGCUGCGAACACUCUCUCAAGCCAACUGUGAAACCGGCCGCGAAUGGAGACCCUCCAGCGGCCAUGAUUGCCGCUAUUGCUCUGGGAAUAGUGACAUUUUCCCUGCUGGUGUGCGCCGCCAUCUUCGUUCUGCGCCACCUGUACCGGGGCAGGGAGCUGAGAGCCCUUUCCACGUCAGUAAAAAACGACCUGGAGACGGUGAACAACCGCAACGCGGUGAUUGGCGGAGGGGCGCCCAAGAACGGGAGCUUACCUGGAGCGACUCUGGGCAGCCUGAAGGAGAAAGAGGCCUUCCUCCUCCCGGGAGCUCAUCUUAAAAUGUCCAAUAAGGAUGUAGCGCUGGUGGACAAGGGCAGCGACAACGUGGCCAUGUUUAAAAACAAAAUGGCAGAUUACAACCUGGCAAAGGAGGAGCAGCACCUGGACAAGAACAAGUUUGACCUUAAGAAAUGCGAGCCGUCCGUCAUCGUCCCUCCUCUCAGUUUUGCAAAGGACAGUCUGUAUCACUCAGUGUUCAUCAUCCCAGACCAGCUGGAGCAGUGUGUGUUUGCUACUGAGGUGAGGAACACAACCACGCGAGCGUUUAUCUCUCCGUUGUUGACUUGGGUCGAUCACAUUACUAUUACAAGGAUUCAUUUUGUUAAUGGAAGAGUGGCAGCGAAACGCAGAAUGGGAGAGUGAGGAAGGUUCAAAGUUCAAAGUCGUCUUUAACCAUCUGACACUGAAUUUACACGUUGGUUUUUCUCUGCAAGCUCGACGAAGCAAAAUGAAACUUGGUUCAACGUGUCUUUGCUCAGCAUGUCCAGAGCAUUAAAUUCAUACUGUUAUACAAAUGACUUGAACUCGAUGAGGAUGAUGGACAGCUGUUUGUGUGGGUUCAGUGUGUGCACAAUAAUCUAGAUAAAAAAAGUUAGUAACUGCACUGAUUGAUGAAAAAUAAACAUUUCCUCUAAAAGUGGAAAUGAGAAGGCAAAUUUAGAGCAGCUGACAUCUGCAGAAAAAAGCCACCAGGAUUGUAUUUUUCAUAUUAUUAAUAGUAUUUACCGCUUUAUUGACUUGCUUGCUCGGUGCAUGGGAGAGGUUCACUCUCAGGGCUUUUGUGCCACAGAGAAACAUUAUUACUGUUAAUCGUCUGUUUUAUGCAAACUUUUUGAAAUAAUUAAUUCUAAAUGUAGCCAGACUCAAAGUCUCACGUCAGGACUUCAUCUUUAUGUAGGCCAGGGGUCCACCUCCAGCCCUCGAGGGCCGCUGUGCAGCAUGUGUUCAGGUUCUGAGUCUUGCUAAUGACCUACUAAUGUUAUUCAGGUGUGUUGCAGCGGGACACAUGGAAAGGUUUCAGGACAGCGGCCCUCGAGGACUGGAGUUGGACCCCUGAUGCAGGCUCUGCUAUUGUAGCAUCACAACAUUGUGAUUGGUCGGUUGCAGUAAUAUGAUAUGCACCAGAUGCCCCUUUCUUUCACUCUAAUGCUCAGCACUGAUGUUUGCAUGUCUUCUGGCUACAAUGUUACAGCUUAUCUGUAAGUCCAUAAGAAAGAACAAAGCUGUGACCUCUGAGUGAGAGAUUUUUUGCAAAAAACUGGAAAAAUGCCCCCCGUAGGGGUGAGAAAAUGAAUACAUCCUAGUACUGCAGUAUCCUGUGUGACGAUGCAAGGACACAAAAUAUUAAUGUCUUAUAAAUUCAAUGAAACUGCUGGCAAAUUGUGCUAUGUUAUUGCAAUACUGCGCCUAUCACAAAAUGUAAAGAAUGCUAAUAUCCCGUCAUCAGUGUUAUUGUUUAAAUAUCGUGCUGACCUAAUCACAACUGUGAAUGUGAGAGUCAGCAACACUGAUUUCACUGCAGCUCCAUAAAUUGCAGAGAAAUGAAGCACAGCGGUGUUUCAGGCGGGCUGCUCGCUGAAAGUGCAAACUUUUUUCUAACAGGUCCGGACUGGUCCCAGUGCCUCCAGGUGGAAGAGGUUAAAAACACUUAUUAAUAUUUCUUCUAACGUUGUGCUUCAUGAAUGAUGUUCAUGGCGCAGUGCAGUGAUGCCGUACGCUGAUGACUAACCGCUGCUUCUCUGUCUCGUUCUCAGGUAUAACCUGAGAUUUUUCAGACCACCAGCAAAGGAUCUUUUCUGCUGAGGGCCUGAAAGUGUUUUGUCCAGAACAGUAUACCCAGAGGAUCUAUUCUACACACAGUUUUUUAAUUUAAUAUUUAUUACUGCUGCUCAAUGGAGAGACUUCUGUUGUUUUAGUCUGCUUGGAUACUGUCAAUGUUCGGAUGGCAAUGAGAAGACGAGGGAGGAAAGACUGAACGUCCGGCAUCAUUUGCACUAUUCAUUCUUUAAAUCUUGCCCUGACCUUCUGUCUCUGCACUCUUUCUUAAUCUUCUUUGGAUCCACGAUCGAAACGAUCGAAGCGAGAAUUGUCCGCCUCUCACACAGACGGGUGCCUUAGCUAUGCUCCCUAAUUUCGCAAUCAUCAGAGGACCUGCUCGCAGAAAUGGGAGGCAAACCUCUUUCUUUUAGGUCAAACAGCCGUACCUUUCCACAGAUCAUGUAUUUGUGACCUGGGCUGGAUAGUUUGUGACAACGCUUCUGUCGUCCACCUUCAAUCGCCGUUCAAUUUUUCCUCGUCACAUUGUGGCCUGUUCAGUAAGAACAAUAUCCGCCUUACAAUCACCAAACCUGCAGAAUCCAAAGUGCCUCUGUCCCUAAAAACAUCAAAAAGACUUGAAGCCAGCAAUCAGAGUGAGAACGUCACUGUCUGAUGUUCUCCCAGAAGACUGGACGAGUUUUAUUAUGGUUUUUAAUGGUAAGUUCAAAUCCUGCGCUGAGCCUGUCAGUCCACCCGUCUCUGAGCCCCAGUUGUAUCUCCAGCCUUCAGCCCUGGAUAUUAAUCGCUGUGUAAAUGAUGUUUCAGGUGAACUGGGGGGGGCUUUGUUCCCCUAAUAACAAUCAGCUGUUUCCUGCCUUUCCGCCUUGUGAAUUGAAAGAUAAUCAAAGUCGAACCGUUGGGCUGGAUUCAUCGUACGGGUCCAUUUGUUCCCAGCUGAAUUUUAUAUUUCUAUUAAUCAAAAAGCUAACCUUCAAAGCUGCCUUCAUGAAACCGCUGCAGACCCAGUUCAGUCGGUCUGACAAUAAAAACGCCGCUGACGGGUUUUUUUGCUUUUUAUAUAAGAAAAAAAAGAAAACGUUUUAUAUCAGUGAAGGACUCCAAAGAGUUUUUAUUCCUUUGUUUUUUUUAAUAAUCCAUUUGAUACCAAAAAUACGUGUUGUUCUUGUGUAGAUGUGUCUUUGUAUUAUCUUCAUUAAUUUAAGAGAACAAUGCAAUGUGUACAUACCUCCCAGAAGAACGUUUUCCUAUUUAAUUUUUGUAAAUAAUUUUGUAUUUAUGAAAGAGAAUUGUACAUAUGUCUACGUUAAUGUGCCCAAUGUCUCCAUCAGAA